AUGCUUCAAUAUGGAUGGGCUUUGGUCUUAAUAGCCAUUCCCGUCGUUUCAUCAUCUCAAAUCCCACUUCGGGUCUCUCAAGAUUAUUCCGCAAAUUCUCAUAGCCAGGACUACAAAUUCGACCCUCUACUUCAUCUCCCUGGUAUAAGUCCAUAUUUUGAUGCAGUUGGUGUAGGAUUGAAUCAUAGAGCACCUCGUCUCUGCGAAGUUACAGCUGCGUCUUACCUUGUAAGACAUGCGGCAAUCUAUGCAAACGAUGAUGAUUACGAAACUUACAUCGAACCAUUCUUAAAGAAAUUAGACAGCACAUACACAAAGACUUCUGGGAAGAAGAGGAAAGGAUGGACAGGUCCACUUGCAUUCUUCGAGAAAUGGCAAACUCCCAUUGAUGACCCGGAGAAACAAAUGGAACAAAUUACUCCUCAAGGAAUUAAAGACUCGAAGAAAGUUGCCAAACAUUUACUAUCAAGAUACCCCGACUUGGUUCCCACAACGAAACGAAUCUAUGCCGACAAGAAAUCAAGGACACAAGAUACGGCCAGGGCAUUUAGCAAAGUAUUCCCGCAAGAUGUCGAAAUUGUCGAGAUUGGAACAAAUCGAUCGUCUUUCCAUUCCCAAGUUCCCCACAAAGCCUGUGAUGCAUUCACCAAAAAGCCUGGAAACGAAGAACAACAAACUUUUCUCGCAAAAUAUGCACCACCGGUCAUCGCGAGACUUCAGCAGUACUCACCAGUCGAACUCGAAAGUUAUGACAUAAUGGGUUUGCAACAGAUGUGCGGGUAUGAAUCUGCCAUCACGGGGAAAGUGUCCAAGAUCUGUGAUGUGUUUACGGAUGACGAAUGGAUGUCUUAUGAAUAUGCGUGGGAUAUGAAGUAUUCACGUAUGGUCGGCCAUGGUAAUCCUCUUUCGAUAUAUCUUGGAUUUCCAUGGUUGAAUACCACAGCACAAUUGUUUUCUAAAUUCCACGCACCUCAACAUUCCGACUCUGCCAAUGAUGAAAUCCCUGAUGAUGAUGGUCAAAGAUUCUUCUUGUCAUUUACUCAUCGCGAAGUCCCUCCUUUCAUAGCCACCGCACUUGGACUCUUCAAUUCUUCUAAUGCAUUCGCUGAAGAAUUUCCAACAGACCGUAUCAAUUGGUCUAGAUCCUGGAGAAUGUCUGAACUUAUACCAUUUUUAGGCCACGUAGGGAUCGAAAAACUCACAUGUAAGGGUUUGAAAGGCGAUGCUAGCGAUGAAGAAGAUGUGGAAGAAUUCGUGAGGAUUAUUGCUAACACGGCCCCGAGACCAAUUCCUGAGUGUCAAGGAGGGCCCGGAGCAAGUUGCAAGUUCGAUCAGUUUGUAGAGAUGGUCAAUAGAGGUUUAGAGCGAUAUAGUGAUUUUGAUGGCGUUUGUAAGAACAAAAAAGAAACUCCUAAAAAUGGUUAUUAG